CGUGAAAGCAUCGUUCGCGAGCAGCAAAAACCUACGUAUCAAACUCCAACAUCACAGGCAGUAAGAGAAUAAGAAGGAUGUCGUCGGGUGCGGCGGUGCCGUUCUGGAGGGCAGCGGGGAUGACUUACAUAUCAUACUCCAACAUAUGCGCGAAUCUGCUGAGGAAUUGCCUCAAGGAGCCCUUCAAGUCUGAAGCCCUUGCCCGCGAGAAGGUUCACUUCUCCGUCUCCAAAUGGGUCGAUGGGAAGCCCCAAAAACCUACCGUUCGGUCUGAUACACCAGAAGCUUGAAAUGGGAGGGUUGGUUUUCAGCGCCUGAAGGUUUAUUCUGGUUUGCUUGUUCAUAAAUUUUGUGUUAUUGGUUUUAUAAUGCAUGAACUUGCAAAGACAAGGAUGAUGUUUCAGUUUUUUUUCGGGGCAGUCAAUCAACUUUGUAAUAAUGUAAUUGGCAUUGUUCUAUUUCCAGAACAUUCCGCUCUAAUUAUGAAAACUCGAACUUCUGUGCAUGUAUUUGUUUUUUCUCUAAUGAUAGAUCACAAACUGGAGCUACCUUA